CAGCAUCAUCAUCAUGGAUAAAUAUCCAGAGAUUCACAAGCUCAGACAGAGACACGGAGGAGACGGAUCCGGAGAGACGCUUUAGCUCGGAUUUAGACGCAUUCACACUGAAGAGGAAGCGGAGUACAGCGCGCUUGUUUCGAGAGGAGUUUACAGAGAAACCUUCAGGUCAACAUGAAAUUAUUACUAAACCUGCUGUUGCUGCUUUUUACUUUGUGCUGCACUGCAGAUCCCAAAGUGCUCAAUAUCAGACAGAAGACAGGCACACGCACAAAUAGAGACGCUUGUGUGGACUCUAAGGCCGCGGUCAGAGACAUUGGGGCGACGUGGCUGCGAUGGAAGGGUCAGAGAGUUGAAUUCUGCCGCUGCGUCCUUCAAGCAAGAGCUGAGUGUCAUGAGAUACCGAUGACCACAUGUUUCAUGUCUAAGUGUUAUAAUGGAGGGACGUGUAAAGAAGCUCUUUACUCCAGUGACUUCAUCUGUCAGUGUCCUCCUGGCUUUACAGGAACACAGUGUGAAAUCAACACAACUGAGCGGUGUUCCAGGGGUCAGGGGUCGGGUUACCGUGGCACCUGGAGCACGAGUGUGUCAGGACUGGAGUGUAUUAACUGGAAUUCCAGCUCAAUCCGAGGGAAGAAGUUCAAGGCCAGUAGACCAGAGGCAAACACACUGGGACUGGGAAACCACAACUACUGCAGGAAUCCAGAUGGAGACGCUAAACCCUGGUGUUACGUUAAUAAAAAGGCUCAGAUAACAUGGGAGUUCUGCUCUUUACCCACCUGCUUAAUCGAUCCCUAUCUAGAGUGCGCACAGAGAUCCGGUCAGACCUACAGAGGGACGAAAGCUGUCUCACGCAGCGGUUUGAAGUGUCUGUCAUGGGAUUCAUCUGCAGUGUCUCUAAAGAUCUACAAUGCAUGGAGGUCCGACGCCAGAGAGAUGGGCAUCGGCAGCCAUAACUUCUGCAGGAACCCGAAUGGUGACCUUGGCCCCUGGUGUACCGUCGAUAAAGGGUCUCAGCUGGUGCGGGAGCUCUGUGACGUCCCUAAAUGCCCGAGGAAAACUCCAUCCUUCACCACACGUGGCCAACGAGCCCCGAACUCCAUCAACACUCAAGGUUCCUGCGGUCAGCGGGUUGAAGCUCCUUCAAACUCUCUGCCCAUGUUCAGGAUUCGUGGAGGUCAGGUCAGUGACAUCAGAGAGCAGCCGUGGCAGGCCGCCAUGACUGUCUAUCUGCCACGCAAAAAAUCUCACAGCUACCUCUGCGGCGCCGUCCUGAUCGACUCCUGCUGGAUCCUCACGGCAGCUCACUGCUUCCAGGAGAGAUUUGAUGCGAAUCGUCUUCGGAUGGUUCUGGGUCGAACCUUCAGGCUUCAGAACUCCAGCAGUGAGCAGAUCUUCGACGUGGAGAAAUACUGGAUCCAUGAGCAGUACAACGAUGACACGUUUGACAAUGACAUCGCUCUGCUCAAGUUAAAGAGUGAGUUUGGUAUCUGUGCCGUAAACUCUCCAGAAGUCCUGCCUGCAUGUUUACCAGAACCUAACCUGGUUUUACCGGAUUUGACGGAGUGCGAGAUCUCUGGUUACGGGAAAGAGACAGAGUUUUCUGCAUUUAACUCGGAUCGAAUUAAGCGUGGUCGUGUGCGCUUGUGGCCGCAGGAACAGUGUGUCUCGGAGAAGCUGUCCGGCCGUCUGGUGACCCCAAACAUGCUGUGCGCCGGAGACACACGCAACCUGGACGACGCCUGCAAGGGGGAUUCCGGCGGUCCUCUGGUGUGUCCCAAAAAUGGCAGGAUGACUCUGAUGGGUUUAAUCAGCUGGGGCGACGGCUGUGGGAAGAAAGACACGCCUGGCGUUUACACACGUGUCACAAACUACAUAAACUGGAUCUCCAGCAAGAUGAGGGCAAACUGAGACACAAACGAACAGCAUUCAAACAAAAUACAGUGUGAAAAUAAUGUGAUUGGGAGAACGCCUGCAUUCACCAACCUUCACGCCUUCUGGACUCUACAUUUGACCUGCUCUCUGGGUUUGAGUGGCAUUUAAGGGGGACACAUGGGAUUCUGCGAGUCAGUCAUUGAAAUCUGACUCCAAAGACGGUUUUUAAUUUACAACACACAACGUGGCCUUCAAUUUACAAAAGGACAACAUGCAGAAAUGAAAUGCAUGAUAAAGGGUUCUAAAGUGCAAACUCUGAUGCAUUAAAAGUAGUUUGAUUUAAAAUGAUAAUGGAUUUAGAGGCACUUUUGCUUUGCUUUUAAAUAGUGAAGAUGUGAGUAAGCGACUGAUGGCACUUUCCUGAAUGUGUGAUGCUUUAUAAUGCUUGUUAAAUCGUAAUUAUUUUUAAAACUAAACAUCUGCUGACUUCAUUUUGGUGGUCAGUGUUGCUGUGUUGAUGCAAACACUUUCAUUUGACUUUAUUUGAUACAACUUAUUUGACUACAAAAUGUCUUUAGCAACACAGAUCUAACAUUAUUGCAGACUUUAGAUGUUGGGAUGCAUAUUAAGUUAACUAUUUAAGUAUUUUAAAUUUUUUUACCAUUUUAUACACAUAUGCAGCUAUUUCUAAAUUAUUGUUUUUAUAUGGUAAAUGUCUGUAUGUUUUUUUUUGCCUGACAUUUUAUAAAACAUGAAUUGGAAAAUGUUCUUUGUCUCCUGUAUAAAAAUAUUUAUUUC